GCAACUCAAGUAUAAUCAACCUCCGGCCUUAGCCAAGACUCGCUCAAUCGUCAGCAUGUGGCUCAUAGACACAACAACACUUAAACUUCAUGAACGCUCAGAGGGUGCAAAAUACACCAUCCUCUCUCAUACGUGGGAUCAGCAGGAAGUGUCGCAUAAAGACAUGAGCAACCUCGCCGUUGAUUCCACUCAGAAAGGGUUUGCAAAGAUCGCCAAGACGUGCGAAAUUGCCAAGUAUCUGGCAUAGAUUGGGCCUGGGUCGAUACAUGUUGCAUCGACAAGAGCAGCAGUGCCGAGCUAACCGGAUCAAUCAAUUCCAUGUGGCGGUGGUAUCAAGAAGCUGAGAUUUGCUACGUCUAUCUCUCCGAUUUUGUAAUGCCACAAGCGGUCAAUGGUCAAUUAUCAGAAGAGGAGGCUCCUGUCGUGGACUUCGAGGACUGCCGCUGGUUUACUCGGGGAUGGACCUUACAGGAGCUUCUCGCGCCCAAUCAGGUAGUCUUCCUCGACAAGUACUGGACAGUCUGCGGCACAAAGGAGUCUUGACGCAAGCAGAUAUCCGAGAUUACAUGUAUCAGCUCACAUGGCCUCGAAGAUUCUAGCCGCUUGUUGUUGUUGUUGUUGUUGUUGUUCUAUUUAACG